AUGGAAAUGAACUUACAACAGGGAGAGAAUGCAAUGACAACUACACAGGCAUCUGAAAGCAUGUGCAUCUCGAGUUUAAAAGUAGGAGGUAUGGUUAAAGGAUUUAGACAGGUGACAAAGUCUUUAAUAGGAGGAAGAUCUAAGCUUGUUAUUAUGUCCAAGGAGAUCAAUGAGAGAAAGAUGAAGGACAUCAUUGAUGGAUUGGUUAAGCAGUAUGAUGUGCCAGUUCUGAAGGUAGAAAGCCACGUAGAGCUUGCCAGAUACGUUGGAAUUUGCAAAUUUGAUGAGACUGGAAAGAUCGUAAAAGAUGCAAAGUGCGCAGUUGCAUCCAUUGAGGAUUUCGGAGAGAACACUCUAGGAAGAGACACUCUGUUUGGAAACAUGGGAUUAGCUGAAUAAGAGAAUAAGAAUAAAUAAACCGAAAUGG